AUGCUUCAGCUCCUGGUUAUAGCGUGUCUCUUGAUCUUCGGGACGGAGACGGUCGUGUCGCACCAGGAAUCCGGCGAAUGGAGUUGUGAAUCAGACUCGGAGAUCCAGGUCAUGGCCGAUUACGGUCCCGGGAUCAUCACCCUCGAUGGUCACAACGAUGACUGGAAGGACAUUGAAGGCUCCGAGUUCCCGCUCCGACCCGCACUUGAUCCCGACGCCGACCACGAGUAUGCCGCCGGGAAGAUGACGGUCAAGGCAUUGCAUGAUGGUCGAGAUAUGUACUUUAUGCUGGAAAUUGAUGGAAAUUACGCUUAUCAGAAAGGUGAAAACAACAAGUGUCCUUCGGUGUCUCUCAUGUUCCAAAUUGGCGAUCAAGCUACUUAUCACAAUAUGGGUGGUUGUAAAGAAGGGACAGAUUCAUGUACCAGCAAGGCUUGCAGAGGCUUCGAGGUUGAUAUUAUGCAUUUCUCCAUUGGAAAUGCUAUUCCAGGACGCCUUUACGGUGGUAAUCCAAUAGACAACAGGGAAGGAAAUGGAGGUGAUAGAUUUGGUCAUCUGGUUGACAUGUAUGCGUGGAAUCCACAUUGUCGAUACCUUGAUGGCCUUGGACCCUCAGGAAAUGAUUCUAGUGCACAGAACGAUUGGCAUGGAGCAUGGUGGCACAGUAGCUUCACUACUCAAUCAGGUUAUGUAGAGGAAGACAGCCCUUACACGCCCGAUGGCAAGAAAGGAACUUACUAUUUUGAGUUCUCAAGGCCUUUGAGGACUAUGGACCGUCUCCAACAGGAUGUUCAGUUCACGCUUGGCUCACCGGCCAAAAUGUCGGUUGCAUUCUGGUACCCAAUGGACAGCAAACCGUGGCACGGAUCAGGACACUACACGAUCAACUGCGAUUGGAUCCCGCUAGAUAUCUCCUCAGGCUCUUCUUCGAGUCUCACCACUUCAACUGUCGAGGGCUCAAGCGAUGGAAUCAGCAUUUCUGCCAUAGUGCUGUCCAUGAUAUCUCUUGUUGUGUCGGGUUUUAUUGCAUAUAAGUUAUUUCUCCCCAGGGACGAUCGAUUCACACCCAUGGUGGACAAUCUGUAG